CAUUCCGUGAAGAAAAGAAAGAAAAGUGCGCGUCUUUUUUGUCCCUGUUUAUUGAAUGCCUUAGAUGCUUAGUAGGUAGACACUAGUUCUCCACGGUCCUUGUUCUUUGUGUGCAAGCCAACAAUGUGUCAUUGCCGCAUGCUGACAUCUCAUAAUAUACACAUUUGUUAGACAUAAAGCGUGAUGGCACGGCAUCCAGUAACCAACGCACGAUUCUUUGUUCGCGUGCGUAUUUCACUUUUCGUGGACGUCUAAACAGCUAAUGAAAAGAUCCAGUCUGAAUCCAGCAAUUUUGAACGACCAAUCUAUCUAUACAUGUUGGUUGUUAGGGUUGCUCACUCAUGGCGUUGAUGAAGCGUGGAAAAUUCAUUUGCUAUUUGGUUGUAAUCAUGCUCGUGGGGUCGACUAUGGCUGGUGUACCGGACACGUUAAAGUGGUUCAAAUCUGAUAGCGGACGUUGGUUUCUUAAUAAAAAGACUACCACAACAGUUCACAGCUUCUGGUUGAGAGUUAAAGAAGGGAACUCCAUCGUCGACGAAAACAUCAAAAUCGACACGCAAAAAGAAACAGAAAUAUUCCAUGUCUAUCCUUACGACACGGUGGACGAAGCCAUCUUUUUAUCCGACUUUAAAAAGAACCUAACACUUAUUAAGCUACCGAAGAAAAAUCAAUGUUUACUGCAAAAUCUGAAUCCCAUUACACCUCCUCCAAGACAACUUAUAGAUAAUAUAAAGAAGGCUAUUGCACUAAAUGGCACUAACAAGACCAUCGAUAUCAGCAUCAAAGAAAAAUCGUCUUGGAAGAUUAAGAAUACUGUCCUUGACCGAUCUCAACUCAGCCAAGAUAUGAAACAACUUUGUCUGACAUCCCCCAUUUACAAGAUAUGGAGGACUGCUGGUCAAGUCUACGUCAAAGGACUAAAAAGACAAGGACGAAGUCCCGUACGUCAACGGUCUGCCUGUGGUAGUUUGGUGUGUCAUCAUUAUUAUAAAUGGUAUUGUACAGGAAUUGUUAACGGCAAAUGUGUUUGGGUUAAACUUAAAGUGUAUGAUUGCCAAAAGGUUGUUUGUUGAUGAUGUGACGUGGAAAUUAACUUUGGGUAAAGGAGUAUUUCACUUGCAGACUAAGUAUAGCUUAUAAAAACAUGAUUUUAUCUUUUAAAAGGUGCGGCAUACACGUGGUGCUCGAAUUGUUUUCUAUGAUUUUGUAUAAGCUAUAUGGAAUAACAACGAAGUCUCUAUAUAAAUUAUAUAAUAAUCAAUGCAUAUAUUAAGUAGCUUGGGCUAUAUGCAAGCAAGUAUAUCCAACCCUAACUGGUAUGUAAGUGCAAAACUAUAUUAACAUAAAUUGACUUGCUGCAGCCGGGUGCGAUUCAGUCUAUUUUGGGAAACAAAACAAUAUAUUGUACAAUGCAUAAUGAUGUAAUGAUAUACAUUUUAUUCAAAAGAUUUAAUGAUAUUUACACCUACUUACAAAAACAUUUCAAAGUAGAAAACAGACAUAGAUCAAAAUGAAAAGUGUUGAAUCUCAGUGAACGUCUUUUGUCAUCUAUUGACUGAAAUGUCAAAGUUCUGUUUACAUUAAAUACUAUUUCCCUAUGACAAUGUUUUUGCAAUUUAGGUGUAAAUACCAGCACAUAAAAUAGAAAAAUAAUCUAAUAAUCUUAAAGUGAAACAAAAUGUAUGCAUUAUCCAAUAUAUGCAGACAUAAUUCAACAUAACUGUCAUGUAAGUCACAUACAAAGUCAAAAGCUAAUAAUAUUAAGAAUGAAUCAAUGAGAUAAUAACAAGAAUGAAUUGUCCUUUGACUAAUGAAUUUUAAUUUUAAUUUACAUAAGACAAGACAACUAGCAUGUCAGACAGUAUGAUAAACUGAGUCUGUGUUUCUAAUGAACCAUUUGCAAUAAAGUAAUAAACAUUAUAGAAUAAAAGGAUUGAAACAUCAAAUAAAUGUCUGUAUAUGUCAGUAACUUGUUUAUAAUCCUUUUAUGAUGUUAUCUAUCUGUUUAUUGCAUUUUGUGCAAAAUAAUUUUCUGCACAAUUUAAGCAUAAGAGAGGAAAAAUGGGGAGAACUAACAAUAAAUCUCCCCAUAAAUCAUGAUAUUAUAAAUUAAUAUAUAAGCAAUAUAAAAAACUUACUGGUCUGCAUAUACAACACUCCUUUUCCUAAAGAUGGUUAUAGAAUAAGAUAUUUAUACAAUACUGUAUAUUACAUGAAGAGUCCAUGUAUAUAAAUAACAUGUUCAAUAAAACAGGCAUUGACGAUU